CUGACGGUCAAGAUGCUCGCCCUCGGCUUCGGCCUGCUGUCAUUCGCGCUCGUCUUCGUCGUGCCGUACAUGUCCGGCCUGGCGCCGGUUGCCAUCGCGCUGUCCAGCUUCUUCUCGGGCGCGCUCUUCGGUCUGUUCAUGCUCGGCAUGUACGUGCCCUUCGCCGACGGCGUGGGCGCGACCGCAGGACUGCUCGCCGGCAUAGGCGUCGUGGGUUGGAUGACUAUCGGGGCGCAGGUGGCCACGGAGGCAGGCCAGAUCGUCAAUCCCCACCUGCCCCUGUCUACCUCCGGCUGCUCCGCCAACGCCUCGCUGUCCCUGAGGGCCGCUGCCGUGGACUACGCCGCGGCGCCGUACCGCGUGUCCUUCCUCUGGUACUCGGCGCUGUCCCUCGCCAUCACGUUCGCCACGGGGGUGCUGGUGAGCGCCGUGAGCUCGCGCUUCGCCGCGAAGCCGUCGUCGCCCAGCGCAGCAUCGACGCCCACCUACGGCACCACCACGCCGGCGUGCUGGGCGGCCGUGUCGUCCGAGGGCAGCCUGGAGGACGAGAAGGAGGACGCGCGCCCGGAGAAGCUGCUGGUGCGGGCGGGCGACAAGGAGGCGAGCGCGCUGCAGGGCGUGCUCAACCCGCUCUCCUCGACGAUCCUGGCGGACGAGCAGAAUGCGACCGAGGCGCCUCGUCGAGACGGGCUCAACGGGGAUGGAGACGGCAGAAAUUGAUGGGCGUACGCGGCGAUACCGAGUGAAGUUUGUCGCUCUCUUUUUGUUUCACCUCCAUUAUCAUCCAAAAAAAGUCGGCACUAUCAUAUGAGUUGGUCUAAUUAUUUUUUGUGACGUGAUUCGCUUGCAUGCAUUCGUAUCAAGUUCGCGAGAUGAAGCAGCCUGCCUUCACCUCCACUCGCGCGGCAGGCGGCAGACCAUUAUACUGCCGUGCGCGAUGGGUUGCCUGCGCCGGCCUCGGCGGGCGCUCGCUGGCACGCUCCGAGCACUCCGCCUGCUUCGCCGAGCCACGGCUGCGCCUGCGUACCGCCUGGUGGCGGCCCCGGGGCGGCCACCCCUCC